GACUACCCCGCUGUACACUUCAGGGUGACCAGUCCUAUGACACUAGUAAGCACACUAGGAGGCGCUGAUUCUCAGUAAGCGAAUCGCUCAUGCGUUGAGUGCUGCAAAUGAGUCAAUGCGCGGAGGAUACUCUCACCGGUUGCAGCUACACUGACUGACACCACAUCACUGUUUACGGCGCGUUUCUUCCUGCUGGCUCCCCUUGCAUCUCCCGGAAUCUCAAGCAAGGCUCGGACAUGAAAGAUCAUGAAUGAAAUGCCAUGCAAUACAUCCAAGAUGAAUCCUUUCAUGGCUUUUUGUAAACAUACUAAAUUGAUUUAAACCACAAGACCUCACUUGAAGCCCUGAUUUGGUCAAUAGGAGAAAAGAACCAGUAUUUGAAGGUCCUGGAAGCAGCCUAAAUGUGUAAAUGGCAGGGGCACAGCCUGGGGUUCACGCUCUGCAGCUCAAACGGAUCUCCGUUCCAGAGAAUCUGAAGAAAGGCAGCAGGUUUAUGAAAUGGGAUGAUGAUUCAUCAGCGGUUACCUCGGUGACGUUACGUGUGGACCCUCAUGGCUUUUUUCUGUACUGGACCGACCAGAAUAAGGAAACGGACCUGUUGGACAUCACCUAUAUCAAAGAUGCCAGAACCGGAAAGUGUACAAAGACUCCAAAGGAGGCCAAACUGCGAGAGCUGCUGGACGUGGGAAACCUGGUGGGAAGGAUUGAGAACAGAAUGCUGACGGUGGUGACAGGACCGGACCUGGUGAACAUCACCUACCUGAACUUCAUGGCCUUUCAGGAGGAGGUGGCUAAGGAGUGGGCAGAUGAGUUGUUUAGUCUGGCAUCCAACCUGCUGGCACAGAACAUGGCAAGGGAGUCCAGCCUGGAGAAAGUAUUCACAAGACUGAAGCUACUGCCAAACCCGGAGGGUCGUAUCCCAGUGAAGAACAUAUGCCGCAUGUUCUCGUCUGACCGGAAGCGUGUUGAGACGGCGCUGGAGAGCUGUAACCUCCCGUCGGGACGGAAUGACUCCAUCCCCCUGGAGGACCUCACCCCCGACGUUUACAAAGCGUUCCUUAGCAACAUCUGUCCGAGGCCGGAAAUCAAUCAGAUCUUUGCAGAGCAAGGGGCAAAAGGCCGUAACUACUUGAGCAUGGAGCAGAUGACAGACUUUAUCAACAAUAAACAGCGUGACCCACGACUCAAUGAGAUUUUGUACCCACCACUGAAACCAGACCAAGUCCAGCAGCUAAUGGAGAGGUUUGAGCCCAGUCCAGGCUCUCUCCAGAAAGGGCAGAUAUCAAUGGAGGGGUUCUCCAGAUACCUCAUCAGUGUGGAAAAUGGUUUCAUUCCUCCUGAAAAACUGGACCAGAGUGAGGACAUGACCUUCCCUCUGUCCCACUACUUCAUCAACUCCUCACACAACACCUACCUCUCAGCGGGCCAGCUGGCUGGGAACUCGUCAGUGGAGAUGUACAAGCAGGUGCUGCUGUCGGGCUGCCGCUGUGUGGAGCUGGACUGCUGGAAGGGCCGCACGGCAGAGGAGGAGCCCGUCAUCACCCACGGCUUCACCAUGACCUCUGAAAUCUCCUUCAAGGAAGUGAUCGAGGCCAUUGCCGAGUGCGCCUUCAAAACAUCCCCGUUUCCUGUCAUCCUCUCCUUUGAGAACCAUGUGGACUCUCCAAAGCAGCAAGCCAAGAUGGCUGAAUACUGCAAAUCAAUCUUUGGAGAUGGCCUGCUGACUGAAUGUCUUGAGAAAUACCCACUGGAGCAUGGGGUGCCGUUGCCCAGUCCUCUGGAGCUCAUGGGGAAGAUCCUCAUCAAGAACAAGAAGUCCCACCACAAGCCGUCAGAUGGCAGCGCCAAGAAGAAGCUGUCAGAGCAGGCGUCCAACACCAACAGUGACUCCUCCAGUGUGUUUGAGCCCUCGUCUCCCAGUGCUGGUCCAGCAGUUCCAACAGAGGUGGAGGUUGAGAGUGAAGAUGAAGAUGAUGACGAUGACGACUGUAAGAAGUCGGAUGAGGGAACCGCUGGCGAAGAAGCCAUUGCCACAGAGGAAAUGUCCAACCUUGUCAACUACAUCCAGCCCGGAAAAUUCACCUCCUUUGAAGCCUCUAAAAAGAACAACCGCAGUUAUCAGAUGUCAUCCUUUGUGGAGACCAAAGCCCUGGAGCUGCUCACUAAAUCACCAGUGGAGUUUGUGGAAUACAACAAGCUCCAGCUCAGCCGCAUCUAUCCCAAAGGGACCAGGGUGGAUUCCUCCAACUAUAUGCCUCAAGUCUUCUGGAAUGCAGGAUGUCAGUUAGUGGCCCUGAACUUCCAAACAAUAGAUCUCUCUAUGCAGCUCAACCUGGGAAUGUAUGAGUACAAUGGGAAGAGUGGCUACCGGCUUAAGCCUGAGUUCAUGAGGAGGCCUGACAAGCAUUUUGACCCAUUCGCUGAGAGUACCGUGGAUGGCAUUGUAGCCAACACUCUGUCAGUAAAGAUCAUAUCUGGUCAGUUUCUGACAGACAAGAAAGUUGGUGUGUAUGCUGAAAUCGAUAUGUUUGGACUUCCAGUGGACACAAGAAGGAAAGCCAUGAAAACGAAGACAUCACAGAGCAACGCAGUCAAUCCUGUUUGGGAUGAGGAGCCCAUCGUGUUCAAAAAGGUUGUUCUUCCCACUCUGGCUUCACUGAGAUUAGCUGUCUUUGAGGAAGGAGGGAAAUUCAUUGGGCAUCGUCUCAUCCCAGUGUCAGCCAUACGACCAGGAUAUCGGUACAUUGGGCUCAGGAAUGAGAAAAAUCAGAAUCUCAUCCUUCCGACUCUCUUUGUGUACAUCGAAGUUAAAGACUAUGUACCAGAUACAUUUGCAGAUGUUAUAGAGGCAUUGUCCAACCCCAUUAGAUAUUUGAACUUAAUGGAGCAGAGAUCGAAGCAGCUGGCUGCACUGACAUUGGAAGAAGGGGAGGAGGACAUCAGCAAAGAGCCGGCUGAGCCUGGCGUGGAGCAGCCAGCAGGUGGGGAGCCCAAGAGUGAGCUGAAGCCUGCCCCCCUGGAGAACGGACUGAGCCACACGCCCAGCGCCUCCCCCAAACCUGCCUCCCAGGCCCCGCCUCAGCAGCAGCCCACAGGAUCAACUAAACCAGCGGCAGCUAAAACUGAAGACAUCAUCCAGAGUGUCCUGACAGAAAUGGAGGCCCAGACCUUGGAGGAGCUCAAGCAGCAGAAGGCGUUUGUCCGUGAGCAGAGGAGGCACUACAAGGAGAUGAAGGAGCUGGUGAAGAAGCACCACAAGAAGACAACAGACAUGAUUAAGGAGCACACGGCCAAGUACAAUGAGUUUCAGAGCGAGUACCUCCGCAAACGGGCCGUGCUACAGAAGUCGGCUAAAAGAGAUGGUAAGAAAAGGUGUCUGUCCCCUGGCCAGGAGCAUGGCUUGUCCUUCUUCGAGCAGGAGCUGGUCCAGUUGGACCAGGAGAGCAAGGGCAAGCUGGCGGAGCUUAAGGAGCAGCAGCAGCAGCAACUGCUCAACCUGAGGCAAGAGCAGUACUACAGCGAGAAGUACCUCAAGAAGGAGCACAUCAAACAGGUCAUGGUGAAGCUGACGACAGUUGCUGAAGAAUCACAAAGCAACCAGAUGAAGAAACUGAAAGAGAUAUGUGAAAAAGAAAAGAAAGAACUGAAAAAGAAGAUGGACAGGAAGAGGCAGGAGAAGAUCAAUGAAGCUAAAUCAAAGGAGAAACACUUAACAGAGGAAGAGAAGCUGGAGAUAAACAGGUCAUAUGUUAAUGAAGUAGUACAACACAUUAAAAGGUUGGAGGAGGCCCAAACUCAAAGGCACGAGAAACUUAUUGAAACCCACAAGAGCAUUCUCCAGCAAAUAGUUGAUGAAAAACCCAAGCUGCAAAGCGAUUUGGACCAGGAGUACCAGGACAAGUUCCGCCGACUCCCGGUGGAGAUUCAGGAGUUUGUGCAGGAGACCAGUAAGAGGAAACUGACGGAGGAUGGAGACCAGGAGGCACUGCCAGCCUCCUCUACCCAGGAGAGGCUCAGCCACAAGGGGGCACAGUCGGAGGAUGACAUGGAGGAUGAGAAGAAAGACUGAAAACAUCACUCUGUAUGAGGAACUAUUCUUUAUGACAAUAGAUACUUUUUGGAGAUAAGUUUUUUGAUUUUCUAUUUGUUUUCAGUCUUUUUACAUUUCUAAGCUCUUGAUUUGUUCCAAAGGCUUCAGACGUAGCAUGGCUUACAAAGCUGGCUAAUUUGCAGUAUUUAGAAUGGAUAUUGGCUUUAUUUAUUUAUAAUUCUAUGUUUUAGUGUUCUUGUGUGAAGUUAUUGUUUUUUAUGAUUUUGAUAUUUAUUUUGAAUGUUGAAUAUCACUGCUUCUACAUUUGUGAACAAAAUGUUCUUUUUGUCCGAGCUUUGGUAGAUCUUCAGAACAUUUCUGCAUGAGUGUAAUUUGGGCAAAACUAAUUGAUCUGAUGUCUUAUGAAGUACCAGAAAUAUUUAGACAACCUGUAGCUUUCAGGUGUGUACAACUGAUCUUACAAAAAGUACACAUUGUAUAUUUGCACUGAAGUUGGUAACAUCACUAUUUGCUAUCGACGGCCAGCACUGGUGGCUUGCUGUUGUAGAUCAUUCUGUUGUAUAUUUGCUGCUAAAUGUAGUUGUUGUGUGUGGUUUGCGUUUUUAAAGUAUCAUUAUUUUUCACAGUUUCUUGAAAAAAAAAACACUGAUCGGUUCCUUGGUGUGGAGAUAUGGGAUUAUAUUGGGUACCAGAAUAUUCUGGAAAAUUACAUUUUUCAGGGACGCAUGGGUGUAUUAGAUAUUGUGUUGACAUACAUUUGUAAAUGUUAAACUAGUGAUUUGUUGUUCUUAGGUGUAGUGAAGUAAUACAGUAACUGUGAGGAUGUGUUUUCUGAGUUUCAAUAACUGGAGAAAAGUGACAUAUUAUACAGGCUGUGUCAGUUUUCUUUUACCUGGUGACCUAUUCUCCAUCACAAUCCUUUUUACCACAUAGCUUUCUCAUAACUCAGUUCAUGGAUGGUAGAGAUGUUUGAAGUGAAAAAUAUGAAAACUUGAAUUUGUUUUGAAUGUUUUAUAGUUAAGAGCCUGACCCUUUGUGGAAUUGAGUGUUCUGUGAAGAGAGCCACUGAUUCAUAUUUACCCUUAUUGCAUGGACCUAUAGACACAGUACAGAAAGGAUUUGUUCAUGAUCUGUAACCCAUGUUAAAGGAUUUGUUCAUGAUCUGUAACCCAUGUUAAAGGAUUUGUUAAUGAUCUAUAACCCAUGUUAAAGGAUUUGUUAAUGAUCUAUAACCCAUGUUAAAGGAUUUGUUAAUGAUCUAUAACCCAUGUUAAAUGAAUUCUCCAUAAAGUGCAGAAGGACUUGUGGAAUGUGGGCCAUGUAAGGGCAAGGUUAUGAAUAUGCACUAAUGAUGCCCUUAAGUAUUCUCAUAAUUAUGCAAUUUAUUACUCAUUUAAUCAAGUUAUGCCCAUGGCAUUUUUUGGUUCUACCCCAUUGUUUUAAUUUAAGAUCAACCAUGUUUUAAAAGUGGCGUAUCUUGUGUUGGAGUACUUAAUGUUGUUGUAUGUAAAUAGUCUCUUCACUGAUGGAUCUUCAGAGCUUUCAAAGGAAUUGAGCACUUUCUCUGGAAAAUUCCACGUUCUCGUGAGUUCAUUCAACCACAGUCAUAUUCCCCUGCAGUCUAGAUAUUUUGGGGGUAUUUGUUUAUUGGCUGUGUUUGACUUCGUUGGAACCACCACUGUUGUACAUUCCAUACAAACAUCUUUUUUUAGCUUCGGUAUUAGUGAAAGUUGUAAUCACCAUUUCCUUGAGGCAAUAGGUGAAUAUUCCAUGGCAUUUAAAGAGGUGCCAAACCAAGUCUCACCUUACAGAAGUGGUAGGAAGAAAGGCCAGGGCUUAUUACUGGUCCAACUGAAAACUCUCAUUGGUUUUUGUUAUACAGAAUUAGUCCUCAGACAAUAGGUCAAGCAGUGGUCAGAUAUUGGGUUUUAAAAUGUGUACUUGAACAAUAUUUUAUUCUAAAGAGAAACACACUCAAAUCACGAGAUGAUACUUUAUGUCACUUAUUUUUAACAGGCAAUGGGUCCUUUUAGAGUCCCAGUUUUAUGAUGUUUUAAAAAAAUGGGCUUUAAAUUGCAGAAGAGUGCAAUAUUGUUUUAAAAGUUGUGAGGAUGAUGAUUGUCCAUAGUUUCUUUUUUAUUGAAUAACCUAAAAAGUUUACACAACAUAUGUUGGACAGAAAAUGCUAUGAGUAGGAGCCAUUUUGACCAGAUUUUUGCAAUGAAACUCUGCCAUUCUUUCCUUUCAGACCAAAAUCUCUUUACAUCGUAAGAUUACUUGAAUUACUUUUAAGACUGAAAUUAUUUUUGAUUGAUUUGAUGUGCAAGUCCUGUGCCUUUAUAUGUGUUAUCCAUCGUAGAUGUGGAAUGUAUAAAUGGCAUUUUGAGUGAAUUGUCAUUACUUAGAGCUCUCCUUUUUGUAGACAGUAUGCGCAUUUUAAAAAUGUUUCUACGACCAGAUAGAUGUCUAUUACUUGUAAAGCGCCAUAUUACAUUUUAUGUUAGCUACUGAAUGCCAUAUUUUCCUCCCUUUAUUUAUAUAUCUCAGAUAGCCUCAUAGCAUAAUGGAAAUGAAACAGAAGACAUAUAACUGUAUUGCUGGUGCCACAGUUUUUUCAGUCAUUAUUUUUUAGAUGAAUAUAGUUGAAUGUAAGUGGUCUUGUGGUGCUGUGCAUUUGUUUGAAAUUAUUAAAAUGUCAUCGUGAAAGUUUUAUAUGAUAAA